GUAUGUAUAGUUCAGAAGAAAGACACAAAGAAGAUGUUUGCAAUGAAAUACAUGAACAAAACUGCAUGCAUUAAGAAAGAUGCCAUCAAAAAUGUCCUCAAAGAACAGGAAAUCUUGCAAACGCUGGAGCACCCAUUUUUAGUGAAUCUGUGGUUUACCUUUCAAGAUGAAGAAGACAUGUUUAUGGUGGUUGAUUUGUUACUCGGUGGCGACUUACGAUAUCACAUCCAACAAGAAGUGAAGUUUGAUUCAAACCUAGUACGACUGUAUAUAUGUGAACUCGCACUGGCUUUGGAUUAUCUCAAAUGUUUUUCCAUAUUACACAG